AUGGCUCCCCGGGUCGCCGUGCUGCUCGUGGCAGCGGUUGCGGCCUCUGCCCUCGCGUCCGCGUGGGCGCAGGACUUCAUGGCGCCUUCGUCGGCGCCGGCUCCCGCCCCGGACACGGGCGGCGCGGCGACCGGCGCCGCUCCGGCCUCCGCCCUCGCCUUGGUGUCGUUCGCGCUGGUGUCCCUGCUGGGGGCGAGGCUGAUGCAGUAG